UCUCUUGCUCGAACCUCGUCCCUCCUCCUUCCUCGGGUUGCGACUCAGCCGUUCCUCGUCAGAUAAAUCACACCCACUCCCCGCUAACCUGCACACUUGGGGCCGCGCACCGGAGAGGGCCAGACCGACCCGGAGUCCAUUCUUCGCCGUCUCUGGGGCCAUUUAAGAGUGACAUUCGCAAAGUAUGUCCGGUCGAAGCUUAGCCGCCAGUGUGCUGGUUGCUCUGUGCAUCGGGAGCGCAGUGGACUGCAUGCCCAGGGGGAACCACAAGAAUCGAAGACAGGCACAGCAGCAUCACGUCCCCUCCGUGUCCCAGGAUGGCUGCAUAGAAAACGGUCAUUUCUACAACAUUAACGACCAGUGGGAGCGGCAGUAUUUGGGCAGCACUCUGGUGUGCACUUGCAACGGCGUCGCCGGAAUUAAGUGUAGAAGCAAACCUGAGGCUGAAGAAAGGUGCUAUGAUAAGAUCAACCAGCAGUACUACACUGUGGGAGAAACAUACGAGAGACCCAAGGAUGCCAUGAUUUGGGAUUGUACCUGUAUCGGAUCUGGCAGGGGAAAGAUCAGCUGCACUAUUGCCAAUCGUUGUCAUGAGGACGGAGCUUCGUAUAAGAUCGGAGACACCUGGAGGAGACCUCACGAGACAGGAGGCUACAUGCUCGAGUGUGUCUGUCUGGGUAACGGGAAAGGAGAAUGGACAUGCAAGCCUGUCGCGGAGCGCUGCUACGACAAUUCAGCGGGGACAUCCUAUGUUGUUGGGGAGACGUGGGAGAAGCCCUACCAGGGAUGGAUGAUUGUGGACUGCACCUGUCUGGGAGAAGGAAGUGGCCGCAUAACUUGCACUUCUAGAAAUCGUUGUAACGACCAGGAUACUCUGAGUUCCUACCGUAUCGGGGACACAUGGACCAAGACCGACGUCAGAGGCAACCUUCUCCAGUGCCUCUGCACGGGCAACGGCCGAGGGGAAUGGAAGUGUGAGAGACACGCCUCACUUCACACUACCGGCCUGGGGACCGGAUCUCGCGUGAUCACUAAUAUCCAGCCUGCUAUCUACCAGCCUCCCUCUGUGCCCGAGCUCCCUCAAGAAGGACCCUGUCGCACGGACUCUGGACUGUCCUAUUUUGUUGGCCAGCGCUGGCUUAAGACCCAGGGAACCAAUCAGAUGAUGUGUACAUGUUUGGGGAAUGGUGUGAGCUGUGAACAAUGGGAUGGUCCAGCUCCGGUGUAUGGGGGCAACUCGGGAGGUCAGCCUUGUGUGUUCCCCUUUGUCUACAAGGGCAAGACUUAUCACGCUUGUACCUCUGAUGGGCGUGCUGAUGGACAGCUGUGGUGUUCUAUUUCAUCUGACUUUGAGACAGAUCAAAAGUAUUCCUUCUGUACUGAAAAAAAUGUAAUUGUGGCAACAAGAGGCGGUAAUUCCAAUGGCGCAUUAUGCCAGUUCCCCUAUCUGUACAACGGACGAAACUACACAGACUGCACUGCAGAUGGACGCAGAGAUGGCAUGAAGUGGUGCGGUACAACAAUGGAUUAUGACGGCGAGCAGCGCUUUGGAUUCUGCCCCAUGGCUGCCCACGAAGAAGUGUGUACGACCAGUGAAGGGGUGAUGUACCGUGUGGGGGACCAGUGGGACAAACGGCAUGACGUCUUGGGCCACAUGAUGCGGUGUACCUGUGUGGGCAAUGGCCGAGGAGAAUGGAGCUGUGUUGCCUACUCCCAGCUUAAAGACCAGUGUAUUGUGGAUACUCUGACCUAUGAGGUGAACCAGACUUUCACCAAACAACAUGAAGAAGGCUAUGCGAUGAACUGCACCUGCUUUGGACAGGGCCGUGGCCGCUGGAAGUGUGACGCCAUUGACCAGUGCCAGGAGCCAGAGACACGAGCCUUCUACCAGAUUGGAGAGUCUUGGGACAAAGUCAUCCAUGGACUCAUGUACAAGUGCUAUUGCUAUGGUAACGGCAUCGGAGAGCUCAGCUGCGAGCCCCAGCAGUCCUACCCAGGUGGUCAGCGUCCUGUCCAGGUGAUCAUAACCGAAUCUGGUAAUCAACCCAACUCCCACCCUAUUCAAUGGAAUGCCCCACCAUCUGCUCACAUUACUCAGUACAUCCUCAAAUGGAGAGUGAAAAAUAGUGAUAAUGCAUGGAGGGAGGUGAUGAUCCCUGGUCAUCUGAACUCCUACACCAUCUCCGGCCUGAAACCGGGCAUUACCUACGAGGGUCAGCUGAUCAGUGUUUUGCGGUUUGGACGUCAGGAGAUCACGCGCUUUGACUUCACCACACAUUAUGGAUCAUUGGCUACAUCACAAGGCGAAACCACCCCACCUACACCUGUGGUGGACACCUCCGAGUCAGUGACAGAAAUUACCUCCAGCAGCUUCGUCAUCUCUUGGGUCUCUGCCUCCGACACGGUCUCUGGUUUUAGAGUAGAGUAUGAACUCAAUGAGCAGGGACAGAACACUGGCGAGCCUGUGGUCUUAGACUUGCCUCGUACAGCAACAUCAGUGAACAUUAAUGAACUUCUCCCUGGGAGGAAGUACACAGUUAAUGUCUAUGAGGUGACGGAUACUGGAGAGGACAACCUCAUUCUUUCUACUUCACAAACCACCGCUCCUGAUGCCCCUGCUGAACAUGAAGUGGAGGAUAUUGGAGAAACCUCUAUUGUGAUUAGCUGGGAUAAACCCCUGGCACCCAUCACUGGUUAUCGUGUCGUCUACACCCCAUCCGUAGAAGGUGAAAGCACUGAGCUGACUCUCCCCGAUACAGCAACGUCUGUGACCCUGAGUGACCUAAGGCCCGGAAAACUGUACAAUAUUAGCAUCUACGCAGUAGAGGAUAGCUUGGAGAGCGAGCCCAUAUUUGUACAGGUCAACACUGCUGGAGAUCCACUGCCAGAGGAAGUAGCCUCCCCGACAGACCUGCAGUUUUACGAGGUGUCGGAUAAGAAAAUAGUUCUGACCUGGUCCGGGCCGGCCGCCGACGUCUCAGGUUACCGGGUCACCGUAAUCCCAGUGGACGAGUCCGGGUCCCCUCAGAGAGAGAUGACUCUACCUGUCAGCCAAAACUCCUACAUUGAAGUGACCCACCUCCAACCCGGAACGCUGUACCGCUUCAACGUCUACACGAUUCACAACGGAGAGGAGAGCAUACCACUUAUUGGGGAGCACAACACUAAGCCUGAUGCUCCAACAGAUAUCCAUUUCACUAAUGUGACAGAGGCCAGUGCUGUGAUUUUGUGGUACGCCCCGCGAGCCAAAAUUAGCGGAUACCGGCUCUUCCUCACCGUUGAGGGCUCAAACCCAAAGCAGCUACGCCUGCCAGCCGGGCUCUCCCAGUACACCCUCCUCAAUUUGAACCCAGAUACAAUGUACACUGCUACACUACACUCAGAGCAAGACAACACACUGAGUGAAGGGGAAACGGCUGUUUUUACCACUAACCCACCAAUGGGUAAUGCUCCCCAAUUCAGCACUGAUGUUACUGACACCUCUAUCAUAAUCUCUUGGACCCCAGUGCCACGUGUGGGAUACAAGUUGACAGUGCGCCCCAGUCAGGGCGGAGAAGCCCCCCGAGACGUGACCUCAGACUCAGGAAGCAUUUACAUAUCCGGCCUGACUCCCGGAGUGGAAUAUACCUACAGUGUGCAGCCAGUCAUUAACGGCCAAGAACAAGGAACCCCCAUCACGCGCCGUGUUGUCACCCCUCUGUCACCUCCCACUGAACUCCACCUCGACUCCGACUCAGGCACUGGAGAUAUUACUGUCCAGUGGAACGGAGCGAGUACACCAGACAUCACUGGCUAUAGAGUGACAUGCGCACCCACAAAAGGGCAGCAAGGAAACAGUGUAGAGGAGUUUGUGCAAGCCGGAGAGAACUCUUGCACCCUUGAGAAUCUCAGUCCAGGAGUGGAGUACAACAUCAGCGUUUUCACGGUUAAGGAUGGCAUGGAGAGUGUUCCAAUCUCAACAACCAUCACUCCAGACGUCCCUCAGUUGACUGACCUCAGCUUUGAUGAUGUUAGCGACACCACGAUAAGUCUUCGCUGGUCUCCAUUCAACACCACAGCCGUCACUGGUUACAGGAUCACAGUGAUGGCGGCGGGCGAGAGCGUGCCCAUCUUCCAAGACACGGUUAUGCCCGGGACCGGCCAUUUUACGGUCUAUGGGUUGGAACCCGGUAUCGACUAUGACAUUAGCGUGAUUACGGUGACAGAGAAUGGCGAGAGUGAACCCACCAUAGUCACACAACAGACUUCGGUGCCGGCACCCACUGAUCUUGGGUUUGGCCAGGUAGGGCCAGACCACAUAGAAGUCACAUGGGUCUCACCACGUGUCCCCAACAGGGCGAACAUCAACAACUUCCUCAUUAGGUACCAUCCCAUUGACAACGAUGAUGAGCUUACAGAAACCAGCGUUGAUGGCGCAAUGAACAAUGUUGUGCUGAGGAAUUUGCUGCCAAACACGGAGUAUCUGGUGAGCGUGGUGUGCGUUUAUGAACACCGAGAGAGCUCUCCCCUUGUCGGAACCCACAAAACAACUCUCGAUUCACCAGUAGCUCUGCGUUUCUCUGAGAUCUUCACGACCUCUUUCACCAUUCAUUGGCUGCCACCCCAGAGCAAAAUCACAGGCUAUCGCAUCCGUUACCAGAUGGCCAGCGGGGGGAGAACCAAGGACGAGAGACUACCCCCUUCCAGGAACUACUUCACCCUGACAGGACUGGCUCCAGAUACUGAUUACCUAGUUUACAUCUAUGCAGUUAGCGGCACACAGGAGAGCCUUCCACUCAGUGGGAAUCAAAAGACAAUUUCCGAUGCUCCUACAGACCUGGAGGUCCUCGACUCCACCCCCACCAGCAUCACUAUCCGAUGGGAUUCCCCUCCUGUCACUGUGCGCUACUACAGGAUCACUCAUGGCGAGACAGGAGGGCACAGUAAUCCUAAGGAGUUCACCGUGCCUGGUUCUCAGUCGACUGCCACAAUCUCUAACCUGCAACCUGGUACUGACUACACUAUCACCGUCUAUGCUGUAACUGGCAGAGGGGACAGCCCUGCAUCCAGCACUCCCAUCUAUGUCACCCACAGGACAGGAGUUGACACUCCUUCUGACAUGGAGGUGAUGGACGUUAAUGACAACAGUGUCACUGUGAGAUGGAGCCCCGUUCAGGGCCCAGUUAAGGGAUACAGGGUAACCGGGGUCCCCAGAAAUGGACAGGGCUCAUCUUUCACUGAAGUGGUGGCACCAGACCAAACAGAGAUGACUUUCUCUGGCCUGAUGCCCACAGUCGAGUACACUUUUAGUGUUUAUGCUCUUGGACAAGACGGAGAAAGUUCUCCACUGGUGGUGAAUGCUAUAACAAAUGUAGACCGUCCCAAGGACCUGACCUUCUCGGACAUCGACUCGACCUCACUACGGAUCAACUGGGAUAGCCCCGAUGGAAUUGUUACAGCUUACCGGGUCUUAUAUUCCAGCUCUGAGGAGGGCGAAAGAGAGCUGCGACCUUCUCCUCGAGGAGAUGCCGAAUCGGCCGUUAUUUAUGGCCUGCAGCCAGGCACUGAAUACACUGUGAAGGUCAUCGCCCUGCAUGACGACACAGCCAGCACAGCACUGGUUGGAACUCAAGCUACAGGGAUCUCACCCCCAACCAACCUGCAGUUCUCUCAGGUUGGGUCCACAUCCUUCACUAUGCACUGGGCCGUCCCGGGUCAAGAAAACAGAGUAAUUGGCCAAACGGGUCUCACAGGCUACCGUGUUGUCGUGAACCCUAAAAGCAAAAGCGGGCCCACCAAGGAGAUGAAUUUGGCUCCAGACACAACUAAGGCACACAUCACUGGACUCAUGGUUGCAACUACUUAUGAUGUACAUGUAUAUGCCUUGAAAAACUCUCUUACUAGUAGGCCAGUCCAAGGAGAGGUCACCACACUUGAGAAUAUCAGCCCCCCUCGUCGCGUGCGCAUCUCCGACGUCAACGACUCGGCUAUGACUCUGACCUGGCGCUCCAAGACUGAUGUCAUCUCGGGCUUCCUGGUUGAAGCCACUCCCACUUCCUCUACUAGCUUCACACCCAUUCAGAGGAUGAUUGGUGCUGACUCGCGCUCGUAUACUAUCACAGGGUUGGAGCCUGGUACUACUUAUAAGAUCAACGUCUACACACUGAAAGGAAAUGGCCGUAGUGCACCGCUUACUCUCACAGCCUCCACAACCAAACCAGUGGUCAGCCCUCCCACCAAUAUCCAGUUUACGUCCUUGAACCCCACCAGCAUCUCCUUUUCAUGGGAGCGCUCCCGCAGUCCGGGUGUUACCGGCUAUUAUGUAACCUUCGAACAACCUGGUGGUUUGCCUCAAGAAGUCAUCCCCAGACCCCACUCAAGCCAGACCUACGCCGUGAUCAAGGGUCUGAAACCAGGAACAGAAUAUGUCAUCAAGAUCGUUGCCCUGCAAAAUACUUUGAGAAGCAUUCCCCUCAAGGGCAAAGCCAGAACCCAGCCAGCGCCUACUCAUUCUCUACUGGUCCCCGAGCUGCCUCAACUUCCUGUUUCUCAUAGACCCACCGCUGACAUCUUGGAUGUUCCAGAGUCCUUCAAUGACAAGAUCUUCAACUCCAACCAUGUCCACUUGACUGGUACGAGCGGCCAGACCCGGCCAGGUCAGCAGGGGCAGCACAUCUACACAGAGUAUCAGAGCCUCCGUCCUAAUAAUGGACUUCACGGUCCCCAUGGUGGACCCGAAGAAGGCCAGAGGCCAAUUCUGAGAGAACCACUUGUCUACAUUCCCGUGGCAGGCCCUGAUGGAAACAGAGUGCCCUUGGUAAAGGUCAGCGAAGUACCGCUGCCAGGGCUUGCAUUUGGUUUCCCUGACAAUGAGACGGAGCUGCCCCAAGAAGCGCAGACAGUCACAACCAUCUCUUGGCAACCCAUCCCGCACACCGCCGAGUACGAGGUGUCAUGUAAUCCCAUCACACACACGGAAGAACAAGGCUUUCAGAUGCGUCUUCCUGGCACCUCGAACAGCGCCACUCUGAUUGGACUGACAUCUGGAGCCUCCUAUAAUGUGGUUGUGGAGGCCAUGAGGGGCGGGGCGAAAGAGAAGGUGCUGGAGGAAGUUGUAACCGUUGGCAACGCAGUUCCAGGCGACAUUCCCAUUCCCACCAACCGCGACGUGUGCUAUGACACGUUCACGCGCACGUACCACGAGGUGGGCUCAGAAUGGGAGCGCAUGUCCGAGACCGGCUUCAAGCUGUGGUGCCGCUGCCUGGGUCUGGGCAGCGGCCAUUUUAGGUGUGAUUCAUCUAAGUGGUGCCACGACAACGGCAACAACUACCGAAUUGGGGAAAAGUGGGAUCGCCACGCCGAGAACGGUCACAUGAUGAGCUGCACCUGCCUCGGCAACGGCAAAGGAGAAUUUAAAUGUGAACCCCACGACUCCACGUGUUACGACGACGGAAAAAUGUACCACGUUGGGAACCAGUGGCAGAAAGAAUACCUCGGAGCCAUUUGCACCUGCACCUGCUACGGCGGACAACAGGGCUGGCGUUGUGAGAACUGCAGAAGGCCAGGAGGGCAGACCCACAUGGAGGCUGAUCUUCUUCAGCCUGUCCACUCUGAUGUCUUUGACCGCUACAGAGAAAACGCCCGACGCAAACUGAACAUCCAGUGUCCGAUUGAAUGUUUGAGUCCCGAACUACUUGCGGAUGCUCAAAGCCCUUCAAAGUAGAGAAGAAAAGAGGAAGAUAAAGCCGGACGCCUUACAGCACCACUCCCUCUUCAAGAAUAACGACACCUCUUGACAUUUCUACCACAUCGGUGCCUUCAAAGUGUUCCCCUCAACAUGUUAGUGCCUUAAGACUAUUUCCAAGCGAACCUCUGUGCGUUUUUCAAAGAUCCAGACCGCAUUUUUGUGCCGGUUCUUUAGUCAAAGGAGAUAUUGUUGCGUUGGAAUGCGUUUCAACACAAAUUUUUAAUGCAUACAAACAUUGUAAAUAGACACAAACAUGCCAUACAGUACUGUACUGUUGCACAAGGCCUUUUUCUACUAUGUAUAAGUCACAAAAUGUUCCAAUAAAUCGCAAAGGGUAAGUCGUCAUCUUUGUUGGUGUCUGGGUGUAUUCCAAAAUUUUACAGUCAUUCUGCAAUGAAAGGGAUGGACAGGUCUGACUGUGGUAAAUAUUCAAGAAUGCAGACAACAAACUUUGUUUAAAAAAGAAAAAAAGAUAAGCACUGCUAAUUGUGCGAUGCUAUUAAAAGUCACCACACGUUGCCUCUUUUCAUGCAUGUAAAGUUGAGUAAAAAGCCAAAGUUGACUGACCAAAAAGAAAAAUGUUUAAUCUCUCAUUUGAAAAUGUCAGUGAUAAGCAUUUUCAUUCCUGAUUUGUUUUGUUUCUUUUUUUGUUUAUUUCAUUGUUUCUUUUAUUUAUCCCUUUUUAUUCAGGCAUUUUGUUCAAUGCUAUUUCAGGGUUGUACACUUUUUUUUAUGGGUUGGUGCCGAACUGAACUACUGUGGAUCUUUUUAAUAAACUGACAAAUCCAA